UUAAAAUUCCAAUCAUGCAAUAACAAACAUAACUAAUUAAAGUCUUGUAAACUUUCAAAACAUAGAGUUACAAUGUGUUUUACCUCUUUUUCCCUCUCAAAAUCUCUCAAGUCAACUUGUUUGAUUAUCCUCAUAUUUUCUCUCCAAUUCAUCUUGAUCAAUGCUCAUGGAGGCAUUUCUCACGAUGAUCACGGUGAACCUGACAGCGGCGGCGACGACUCCAUUAGCACUUCCAAUAAUAAUCUGAUCAAUUCAAGGAAGCUUCUGAUAGUAAAAAUAUGGUGUUUAGUCAUAUUCUUCAUUAGCACCUUCAUGUUUGGUGUUUCACCCUACUUCUUACGAUGGAAUGAAAGUUUUCUCGUUUUUGGGACUCAGUUUGCUGGAGGAGUGUUCCUUGGAACAUCCAUGAUACAUUUCUUAAGCGAUGCUUCUUCGGUUUUUCGAAAUCUUACAUCGAUUGAAUACCCUUUUGCUUUCAUGUUGGCUUGUGCUGGUUAUGUUUUCACCAUGUUUGGGGAUUGUAUUAUUAUGUAUGUUGCCAAGAAAAGUGCAGGAAAAUGUAGGGUAGGAGUUGAAGGUGAUAGAAAUGAAGAGGAUGAUGCAGAGAAAGAUGGAGCAGUGGAACAUAGUCCAAUGUUUAUAAGGACUACAUCAGUUGGGAACACUUUUCUUCUUAUAGCUGCACUUUGUUUUCAUUCAAUUUUUGAGGGAAUUGCAGUUGGUAUUGCAGAUAAUGAAAGGGAUGCAUGGAAGAACCUAUGGACAAUAUCCUUGCACAAGGUUUUCGGGGCCAUUGCAAUGGGGAUUGCCUUGUUAAGAAUGAUCCCAAAACGACCAUUAUUGGCAACCGUGGCAUACUCUUUUUCCUUUGCAAUUUCGAGCCCUAUCGGUGUAGGGAUCGGAAUGGCCAUUGAUGCAACCACAGAAGGUCGAGCAGCUGACUGGACUUAUGCCAUUUCCAUGGGUUUUGCUACUGGGAUAUUCAUCUAUAUUGCUAUUAAUCAUCUUAUCUCCAAAGGCUAUAAGCCACAUUCUCCUUGUUACUUUGACACCCCAUUUUAUAGGUUCUUUGCUGUUUUUCUUGGGGUUACUGUUCUUGCAAUUGUCAUGAUAUGGGAUUAACUAUAUAGUAUAUCCACAAAGUUCAUAUUACUAAUUCUUAAGAUGAUUGAGACCUUGUUAUUAAAUUUUGGUCCAGUGAAUUGCAUAUGUGUAUUAUUUAUGCACGAGAAUGUAAGUGUUAUACUUCUUAUAAUCCAAAAUAAUUGUAACACUUCUGUCCUACGUAAUUUAGGAAGCUUCAAAAAAUUUGCAAUUUAUGUGACUAAUGUAAUGACUGAGUUAUCUGUUUUUCUUUUUUGUUA